CUACACGUAAGCAGACUAUUAAACAGCCUAAAGGAAGCAACGCUCAAGGCUUGUCGUUACUGUUAAUGAGAUCUUCAUGUAAUGCAACUACCUGAUCAUCUCAUAUAUGCGUCAUAGCUAUUGCUGUAGCUGCAGGGGCCCUUUGAUGAAUUAUCACGUGAGUACGAGAUGCUUAGUUUCGUAAGACUUUAACCUAGGGCAGUCGCGUUUGUAAAGUUUACUGUUUGCGCGUCGAAGCUAAUAUCAUUCUGCAAAUGCUAAAUUAUUUUCUUGUUCUCUGGAAAGAGCAAUCAAUUGCAAGAUAUAUUGAUGUGACCUAGAUGAGACAGGCUAAACCGUAUUCGGUUCUCAAAUUCGGAUUGAAUUUGUUUGACAGAACGACUUACAACGUACAUACUGCCCUUGUUAUUUUCGGCUAGUUUUAGCUACGAUGGCGCCGGCAAAGCGUCGCCCUACUGCAUAUCCGGCAGGAGAACCCCUAUCCAAAUCCGCCCGCCAUAACGAUGGAACUUCUGCACAAUCCUCAAGUCAAGCUCCUGGUUCCCAAAGUUCCCAAAAUUCCUAUCCUCAUCCCUCAGCUCCUCCAUCCUCUCUUGGUCACGCUAAUCGGCCCGCACCGAGAUCAUCGUGGAUCGUGGUUGAUGACGACGAUGAUGAUAAUGGCGUUCCCGACCCGAGUCAAAACAAUGAAGAUCCAUUUUCUUCAUAUGAACUCUAUGGAACUUUGGACAACAAAAUCGUAGGCGUUCGAUAUUAUGACGGGGUUGUAAAUCCCGGCGAGAAGGUCCUCUGCAACCGCGACCCAGGCAACCCCUAUGACAGCAAUGCCAUCCGCGUUGAUAAUGCCAUGCGGAAUCAGAUUGGGCACUUGCCUGCCAAACUUGCUGAAAAGCUUGCGCCGUAUAUCGACAGAGGCGAUAUCAUCCUAGAAGGUAUUCUCACAGGCGAGAAGGAAACUUUUAAUUGUCCUGUUCGUCUAAUUUUUUACGGCACUGGCGACCCUACAAGUCGUGUUUUGUUAGAGGAGAAGUUGAAAGCAGAUAAACUUUUGAAAGCUACACAGCUCAAGACUACUAGGAAGGAGGCGGAAGCCCAAAGGAAUGCCGCUAUGCGUCUAAGAUGCAACGCAUCUACUGUGGGCUUAGGGGCUGAAGAUGGAGAGGGAGAGCAGCAACAGUCGCUCCAAGAGUUAGCGGCGGACAGCGAAGCUGUGCGAUUCAGAGGUGAUCUUAGUUCCGUUGAUAUGUUUGCACUGGACGAAGACUCCCUUUCUAAACUACCUAAGGCGGCCCAGCCUACAAGCGUCGAGUCAACACUGUUGCCGUAUCAGCUCCAAGGAUUAGCUUGGAUGGUAGCCAAAGAGAAUCCACAACUUCCCACCAUGGGAUCAAAGGAAGUUGUCCAGCUGUGGAAGCGCCAUAGUAACGGCAAGUUCCUCAAUCUGGUGUCCAACCAUAUUACAAGCACACCACCGAAACUAGUCUCGGGUGGUGUGCUUGCCGACGACAUGGGCCUGGGAAAGACUCUCCAGGUCAUAAGCUUGAUUAUGACGAGCGGUUUCAGUGAGGGUCCAACCCUAAUUGUUGCACCGGUAAGUGUCAUGAGCAACUGGGAACAGCAGUUCGAACGACACGUAAAGGAGGAUCAACGCCCCCGUAUCUUUAGGUACCAUAAAGCUGGUGCAUAUUCUAAGAACGACCUGCUGAACCAUGACGUUGUUAUCACAACCUAUGACAAACUACGCAACGAUCAGGCUAGUAAGCGAAUAUUGCUUUCAGUAGAGUGGCAUCGGGUUGUCCUGGAUGAGGCUCAUGCUAUCAGGAAUUUUUCGACUUCCAGGGCCAAGGCUGCAUUCCAGCUGAAGGCUAAAUCUCGUUGGAUGUUGACUGGCACACCAAUCGUCAAUUCGCCCAAGGACUUCUUAUCGGCUCUGAAGUUCCUAAGAAUGACUGGAGGCAUUGAAGAGACUACAUUCUUCGUAAACCUAAUCGAUAAACCUCUAUCGAAUGGCGAAGAAGGUGGGGUGAGCGAUAAAUUUAAGCUCGCCAAACAGCUAUUCCAGUCAUUGACUCGAGAUCUCUGUCUUCGCCGGAGGAAGGAUAUGAAGUUUGUUGACUUGAAGCUGCCUUCUAAAACCGAAUAUAUCCACCGUAUUAAAUUUAGAGAUGAUGAGAGGGUUAGAUAUGAUGCUUUACUUUCGGAAACUACGGAAGCAUUAGAAGCGUAUCAACGCAGAAGGGAACAUCGAAACAACCGGCAAGGCCCCCAGAUACGAUUCACGAGUGUCCUAGAGAAACUCCUGCGCCUGAGGCAACUAUGCUGUCAUUGGACGUUGUGUGGAGGUCGGGUGAAGGAUGUCUUAAGACCUCUCGAAAGCAAGAAAAUUGUUGAUUUCACUCCGGAGAACCUCCAGGUUCUGCAGCAGGCUCUUUUAACUGCCAAUAAUGAAGGUGAAGAAUGCCCUAUCUGUACAGAUGCAAUCAGCAUCCAUGAGCCUGUCAUCACGGCGUGCAAGCACCGUUUCGGGAAGCCUUGCAUCGCGAGGGCCCUCGAAAGAGAUACUAGGUGCCCAAUGUGCCGCCAACCGUUGACCUUGGAGGCUAUUGUUGGACUCGAACCGGUGAACGUUGAGAACAGAUUUAACGGUGACACGCGCAGCUCAAAAACAGAAGCUCUGGAGAAGAUCUUAAAAGCAAGGCUCGAAGAUCCAGAAUCCAAGAUUGUUGUAUUCUCGCAAUGGACUUCCUUCCUUGAAGUUAUCUCAAAAUUACUAGAUGAGAUCGGAUAUAAAUACUGCCGCCUUGAAGGCUGGAUGACAGCGGCUCGGCGUGACCAAUCGAUAGAAGCCUUGAAUAACGACCCGAGCACGCGUAUCUUGCUCGCCAGUCUGGCUGCAAGUGGCGUCGGCUUGAACCUGGUAGCUGCUGAUACAGUUAUACUUGUAGACUCUUGGUGGGCACCGGCUAUCGAGGAUCAAGCCAUCGACCGUGUGCAUCGGCUCGGCCAAACACGCGAGUCGACGGUCUGGAAGCUGGUCAUGGAGGAUAGCGUGGAGGAACGCGUUCUCAACAUCCAAGCAAAAAAACGGGAGCUAGUCAGUCUAGCUUUUCAAGACAAGGCCAGAGAACAAAAAGAAACAGGUCGCCUAGACGAUGUUCGACAAUUACUUUCGUAGGUACCUGUGCUUUCAGUUUCACCUGCGGUAGGAUAAGUCAAGUCAUUACAUGGAACCGUAAAUACCUAGGUACGUUUGGCAAUAGUGGUGGAAUGGAAAAUAGAUGGGCGAGUCAGAUCUAGAGGAUGCGCAUUGCUGCAAAGCAGGAUUGUUGCUUUGCUACUGUUUUGCUAUUGUGCUACAGGGGCUUUGGUCUAGCUCAGCUAUACGAUAGAUUCAGAUUGGAGCCUAAUAACUAGAUCUAUAGCUGAAUUCAAUCCAAUUCCCUCAUAUCAUAAA